AUGAUCUGUAGGGUCUUGUACUCUAGGUGGAAAGCAGCGAUAGCUGAAUCAAUUCCCUUGUAUUUUCAUGGUUCUGAUACUUGCAGAAACGUUAUACUUACUAAUAUAUUCAAAAAAGGUUAUAAAAAUCUUUUUUUAAUCAAUUUUAUUUAUUUACUAGACAAAGAAAGACAACGCCUUUAUACGUUGGAAUUGCCGAACGUGCCAAAAAAUAUAGAAGAAAUGAUAAUUAUUCGAUGUUGGAUGGAGCACCUUAUCAAUUGUGCUUUUGAACGUGCAGCUUUUUUCAGAGUUGUAUUUAAUCCAGAAAUGAUUAAUUUAUUAUUCGAUAACGACAAAACAAUUCCUUUACAAUUUCACAUUCAAGACCCAUAUCUCAUAACUGACAAUAAUACAAUAUUUGAGCAUUUUUGGAAAUUUGCUUUCCAUCAUUCAAUCAUUCCAGAAUCUCUUAGUUUUUGUUUUAAUCAGUCAAACGUUUCAGAGCAACAUAUUAAUAUUUUAUUCAAUUUUUUAAUAAAUGAAGGCAAUAAAUUAUCAGAAGUAUAUUUUUCAUUUUAUGGACCUCCACGACUAUAUGAGCUUAUUGUUGAAUAUGUAGCAACAUCUAGAGACUGUUCAAAGAUGGUGGAUUUUAUUAGAUUCAAUUAUUACAAUGCCACAGGUUUACCAUUAAGCGAGAGAGCAAAAAUUGUUGAAAUUGAACAAUUCGAUGAUCAAAAAUUAACAAAAUACCAAAUUGUCAAUAUUUACAAUCAAAAAAAGAUAUUUUAUUUUUGCAGUGUUAAAGGGAAAAAUGGAUUAAGUAUUAUGUUUUCCUCGAGAAAUGUGGAAAAAUGGAGUUAG